UCUCUCCGUAACACUCAUUCACAGCGCCCCGUUGCUUGUCCUGUUUGGCUUGGUUUAGUUUUAGUCCUUCUUUGAACGUGCUGCCGACGAGUCACGAAUUCGCAAAGCUGUUUGUUCGCCCAGUACCCAGGCAAAAUUCGCAUUGACCACCAAGCAUAUGAGCUUGUGGCUAAAGGUGUCUCCGGCAUCGACUUGUUUCAUGUUGUAACUCGAGGACUUUCGUUUAUUGGCAACAAUAAUGGUCAGCACAACAUUGACAACACUGGCUGCUGGACAAACAACUAGUAGCAGUAAUCACCAUCACCACCACCAUCACAGCCACCAGCAGCAGCAGCAGCAGCAGCAGCAGCAUCAGCAGCAGGACCAGUCGCAGCAGCAGCCGCAUCAGCAGCUGCCCUACCAGCAACGCGGCUACUACGCACUGAACGGCAGCUUGGAGCUUGACUGCGACACCAGCAACACGAACAGCAGCAGCAGCAGCCACAACAUUGGCUACCAGCAGCACCAGCAGCAGCAGCAGCAGCAACCGCCGUUGAUCCUCUCGCAGGCUCUGCUGUCGCCAUCGCCACCGCUCAACGAUCAGAUCAGCUUGCUAUUCCCCAAGUGCCGACCCAAGCAGCAGCAGCACUCGCAGCAGCAGCAGCACUCGCAGCAGCAACUUCAGCCAGCACAACAGCAGCAGCAGCAACAUGUCCUCCCCACAGACGUGAAUCCCAGCUGCAACAGCAACAGCAACCGGAGCAGCAGCCCCACGUCCGCGGGAGUGGCUGGGGAGCCAUUGGCCAGCGCCAGUGUUAGUCCGCCGCCGCCCAAGGCCACGCCCACCAGCACGCCCAGCUACUACAAGAGCGUGAACAUUAUUACGCAAUCGCCGCCGCCGCACUCAGCAUCCUCUCACUCCUCCGAAUCGCUGUCCUCGGUGACGCCUCGCAUUUCCACGAAUCCCUUUCUGUGUGCACCACUCACGCCGCCGACACCACCGCACCACCACCAUCAGCACCAGCAGCACCAGCAGCAGCAGCAGCAGCAGGAGCAACAGCAGCAGGACACCACGGGCGAGUCAGUUGUGGAGCGCAGCAGAAGCAGGAGCGGAGCGACUGGCGAGGUGCUCGAGUAUCCCGCCUCGUUCUACUACCACACGGUGAGCGACAGUAGGCGUGGGCCCGGCGGCUACACGGAGAUGCCGCGAAAGCGCAACAGUGCGUUGCCCGCCAGCAACAGGCAGCAGCAGCAGCAGCAGUUGCACAACGGCAACGGGAGCCAGAAUCCUUUCAUUAAGGAGAACUACUGGGAGGCACCGCCGACACGCGCGAGUUUGCUGCUCCACUCGCCCACGGAGUAUUCCGAGGAGCCACAGCAGCAGCAACAGCAGCAGCAACAGCAGCAGCAGCAGCAGCAGCAACAGCAGCAGCAUAUGCAUGCCUCAGCCAGACGAGCUUACCACCAGCAGCGGGAGCAGGUCUACGGCAUCAAUCAGCGGCCGCAGCAACAGCAGCAGCAGCAGCACAUAUUGCGGGUGGGUCGGAGUCCAGUUAACCGCAGCUUUCCACAACAGCAGCAGCAACAGCAGCAGCAGCAGCCACAGCAGCAGCCACAGCAACAGCAACAGCAGCAGCAGCUGCAGCAGCAACUGCAGCAGAUUCCAACUGCCAGGAGCAAUCCCUGUGCGGACGGGCUGACUCCGCUGGCCAGUCACUAUCUAUAUGGCAGCAAGUCAUCCUUGGAUCAGCAUCCCGGCGACUGGGAGCCGCGGGAGCAGCGCAAACUGAGGCUGCGCGAGGAGCGGGAACGAGAGAGGGAAAGGGAACGCGAACGAGAACGGGAGCGGGAGAGAGAACACCUGUUGCUGGAGCAACAGCAGCAGCUGCAGCUCCAGGAAGUGCAGGCGGCCAGAGAGAACCACCUCAGCCAUUUGGCGGGUCAGCAGCAGCAACAGCAGCAGCAGCAGCGGAAGCGACACGCUUACGGCGAGGAGCGGGAGCGGGAGCGGGACAUGGAGCGCGACCAUCGCCUGGUCAAUGGAAAUGCAGAUCCCAACGAAAGCUGGCAGCAUCUGCGCGUCACGACCGAAACUUUGGCGGAGGAGGGCGGCAAAUCCGGCGGCAAGCCGGCGGACAAGGCCCAGCACCAGAUGCACAACCCGAACCCAAGCCAGAAUCCGGAGGUCAAUGUCUACAGGGAGCACAAGCUGGACGCCUGGAAGCUGGAGCGCAACUACACGCUGGCCGUGGAGUCGCGUCACGGCAUCAUUGAGUACGAGGGCUCGCCCAGACGCAUUGGAGUGACCACCAAUAAUUUGGGUGCAACCGGAGCGGCGGCUGCAUCAGCGGCAGCGGACGAAAGCGAACCACCAGCAGCGGCAGAAGCUGCAGCACCAGUAGCAGCAGCAGCAGCAGCAGCAGCCCCGCAACCACAGCAGCAGGUGCCCAUGGCCACCGUACCACCGCUGAGUUCCAGCUCCACGGCCACCACGCUCCAGAAAACGGCCGCCCGUGCAGCACUAGCUGCUCUGGCCCAGAGCCAUCCACACAACUCCCACAACAUACUCAGCUCCCUGCUCCCGCAUUCGCCACCCAAUCCAGUGAAUCCCGGCCAGAUGCACGCGGCGCAGCAGUCCAUCCAAAACUAUCCAGUGCGUCCUGGAUUUCCGCAGCGCAUCAUCUCGCCGCCCAGUCGUGAGCCACGCAGCAGCUCCCCUCCCCUGCAGCAGCAGCAGUAUCAGCAGCAGCAGCAGCAGCAGCAGCAACAGCAGCAGCAGCAGCACUUUGCCAGUCUGAUGAGCAGUCACAGUAACUCCAACACCAACAAACAGCCGCCGUGCAGCGACAACAAUGCGGAGGACACCAGCAACGAUGUGUCCGAGAUUGGCACCAUAUCCGACCUAACCACUCCGGAGGCAGUGGGUCUGUCCAUUGGCUUCGCUGGAGGCGAGAUGUCCAGCCGGGCGGGCACUCCACCGCAAGCGGCGCCAGCACCACCGACAGCAGCACUGGCGAGCAGCACUGCCAACGGAACCGGAACCGGAAACGGAAACGGAACAGCAAACGGAAAUGCAACAGCCACGGGCAGCGGAUUGGCUCCCCUGAGCCUGCACACCAAGUCCUCGACCUUCGAUUACCUCUAUGAGUUCUCGGAGACGCGCAAGGUGCUGGAGGAGUUCUUUAAGUGCCCCUCCACCGACGAGCAGCCCAUCAUGGAAAAUGGCAGCGAUGUGGACAGCAUUGAUAUCCAGUACGAGUUCCACAGCAACUUUGACCGCGACGAGGAGGACUUGGCCGAGGAGGAAGAAGCCGAGGACGACGAGGAGGCCGACGACGAUGCCGACGAGGAGAACGAUGAGGCCGAGGAUGAGGACGAGCCGCUGGACCAGGAUCGUGAGCAGAACUACCGCCCACAGGCGCCUCACACAUCCGGCCACAUCGCCUCCGAGCGCCUCGUUUUCGGUGGCUAUGGACAGCAGUCGCAAUCCCAGGCGCAGCUCACCACCCAGCCGAUAAGCGGGGCGAGACGACACUACAGCGGCAGUCCGCUAAUUCGGGACUUUGACUUCUUCCUGGACUCCACCAGUCGGAGCAGCGGCGAGCGGGAUGCCGAUCAGGAUGGGCUUAAUCACAACCAGCUGCUGAGCACUGGCAGCGGACAUGGUGGUGGCGUGGGCGUGGGAGUGGGCGGCGGAAUUGGCGUGGGCCCGGGUGGAGGCCACAACUACCGCUAUUCGCCGGAGACCACCGACUACGAUUCCAACUGCGGCGAUAUGGACAGUCUCUCGGGCGAGAUGAAUGGCGGGGUGUCGACCUCCUGCUCAAACUACGCAAAAUUCUAUGCCUCGGCCAUGCCGGUCCUGGAGGAUGGCCUCUCCUCCGGUCACACCAGUGACACCGAGAACAACAACAACAACCAGAAGAACCUGCAGCAGUCAACGGUCAACCAGGGUGGCCAGUGCCCCACCAGCUUGAGCGGCAGCACUAGCAUUGGUGGCAGUGGAGGCAUCUCCAUGCUGAUGGACAUGAAACGCAUCUCGACGAACCACAGCCUCAACAGCAUGAACAACCAGACCACCACCACCACCACAACGGAUAGCAAUGGCGGCGUCGGCGUGGUGGGUCACCACCUGGUGGCCACACUGGUGGCCAGUCCCAACAAUGGGCAGCCAAAGUCGCAGGGUCCACAGCAGCUGCAAACUCAGCCGCCAAAGACACUGUCACUAGAUCAGAGCCCCAGCAACCACAGCAAAGUGUUCAAGAACAUUGAUCCGGAGUUGGAUUCGCUCUACUCGAUUGGAGUAUUCCACCGUCCAGACACGGUGCAGAUGACGCCACCUCCGCCCGCUCCGGCGCCACACCGCAAGCCCAACAACAACGGCUGCUCCAGUGCCAUAGUGAACACCAAUGGCAGCAACGACGUUGAUCUGCUGCAGUCGAGCAGCAAGCACACUCCAUUGGCGGCGGCCAUUAGUUCCACGCUGCAGCGCAGUUCUCCCACCUCGACGAUAACCGGAAAUGGAAUCGGGACCGGAAACGGAAACGGCAACGGAAUGGGAAGUGGAAAGACCAGAAGCGCCAGCAGCAACUGCAGCAGCAGCGCCAACGGCGGCAUGCCACCGCCCAUUCCGGAGAGAACCAACCUCGUGUCCGCAGUGCAUAGAUCUCCUUCACCUGGCGCCAACUCGCCCGUAUGGCUAUCGCGGCACUUGGACGGCGGCGCUGGAAAAGAUCUGCUGGAAUCCGGCUCGGAUAACCACUCAAAGAAUCAGAGUGCCGACGAGGAAGACGUGGACACCGAUCUGGAGACGGACCGCCUGUUGGGCCACCAGAGGCUGGACGACCAGGGCUACUAUGAUGAGAACAAGAGCUGGGAUCGCAAGCCGCGCUCGCUGCUCUCGAAGAUCUCGCCCAAGCAGCAGAUGCCGAGCACAAAGACGCGCAACGGCUACAAUGCCCUGCUCAGCUCCACGCCGGAACUGCCGCCCCCGAUUCCGCCAAAGGGUCAGUCCGGACUGGGAUUGGGUCUCACUCUGGGUGCCGGAAAUGGCGGCAAGCUGCUCGACUUGGUUGGCGGCAUGGUGCAGCGCAGUUUAUCGCGCAGCUCCUCGGAGCACAGUGAGAAAUCGCCCAGUAAAAUUCCAAAUUCUGGUGGGGAUCUGUGUGCGGGCGGCGUGGAUGUGGUAGCCUCUGCUGUGGCGGCCACCUCGGCAGCGGUGGUGGCCAGUACGCCGGCGUUGGGAAGUCCCGGUAACGGGGGUGGCUCGGAGAGAUCAGCCGCAGGAAUGGCCAAUCCGGGAGGAGCAGUCAAGCUGGGUGAGCAGGAGAUUGGAGCCAUUAACGGUGGCAGCGCCAUGCCAUUGGGCGCGGGAUCGGGCGCUGGAUCUGGUGCAGGAUCGGGAGUGGGAGUGGGAUCUGGAUCGGUAGCCAAUGCAGCUGUGGUGGCCAACAGCAACGCCAGCAACAACAACGUCAGCGGCGGCGGCGGCGGCGGCGGCAACAACAGCAACAACAGCAGCGGCAGCGGCGCCGGCAGCAACAGCAACAGCGGCGAGAAAAAAGUGAAAAAGAGUAAGAGCAAAGAAGGCGGUGCAGUGCUCAUCGAGGGCGUUCUCUUCCGGGCCAAGUACUUGGGAUCCACGCAGCUGGUCUGCGAAGGUCAGCCCACGAAGUCGACGCGAAUGAUGCAGGCGGAGGAAGCCGUCUCCAGGAUAAAGGCGCUGGCACCCGAUGGCGAUGUGCAGCCCAGCACAGAGGUGGAUCUGUUUAUAUCGACGGAGAAGAUCAUGGUUCUGAACACGGACCUCAAGGAGAUCAUGAUGGAUCACGCCCUGCGCACCAUCUCCUACAUUGCGGACAUCGGGGAUCUGGUGGUUCUGAUGGCCCGUCGUCGCUUCGUUCCCCAGGACAUCGAUGAUGCACCCAAGCCGAACCGCACGCCCAAGAUGAUUUGUCACGUGUUCGAGAGCGAUGAGGCGCAGUUUAUUGCCCAGUCGAUUGGCCAGGCCUUUCAGGUGGCCUACAUGGAGUUCCUCAAGGCGAAUGGCAUUGAGGAUCAUCGAUUUGUCAAGGAGAUGGACUACCAGGAGGUGCUCAAUAGCCAGGAGAUCUUCGGCGACGAACUGGAGAUCUUCGCCAAGAAGGAGCUGCAAAAGGAGGUGGUAGUUCCAAAGGCCAAGGGCGAGAUUCUGGGCGUGGUGAUCGUGGAAAGCGGCUGGGGCUCGAUGCUGCCCACCGUGGUAAUUGCAAAUCUGAUGAGCUCGGGCGCUGCUGCCCGAUGUGGGCAGCUCAACAUCGGCGACCAGCUGAUUGCCAUCAAUGGACUGAGCCUCGUGGGUCUACCGCUCUCCACCUGCCAGACGUACAUCAAGAACACCAAGAACCAGACGGUGGUCAAGUUCACGGUGGUGCCAUGUGCCCCAGUCGUCGAGGUGAAGAUCAAGCGGCCGGAGACCAAGUACCAGCUGGGAUUCAGCGUCCAAAAUGGAGUGAUUUGCAGUCUGUUGCGCGGUGGCAUUGCGGAGAGGGGAGGCGUUCGUGUGGGUCAUCGCAUCAUCGAGAUAAACAACCAAAGCGUGGUGGCUGUGCCCCACGAGAAGAUCGUGAACUUGCUAGCCACUUCAGUGGGAGAGAUACUCAUGAAAACGAUGCCCACGUCCAUGUUCCGCCUGCUCACUGGCCAGGAAAAUCCCAUAUAUAUUUAAGCCUGGGGGAGAGUAAUAUACAUACGGCGAUUAUUGUUAACUAUAAAAAACCACAACCUUACAAGGGUAUUACGAUAUUUAGUAUAUAUACCUAUACAUAUAGAGAAAGGAAGUGAACGAAAGAGUAAAUAUAUGUACGUAUAUGCGUGUGUACCUAUAUAUACAUAUAUGCUAAACAUAUUCUACACACGAGUGUAUCGAUUUUUUUUGUGAGUAAUACUAGGCAAAGUUCGAUCGGAGGCGAGUUAAGAGCAACUCCUACGACAAAUAAGAGGAAGCGGUAACUAAUACACACACAUGGCACGCCUUUUUGCAAAGCUUAGUAAUAAUAGUUAAUAUUGUGUGUGAGUUUGGGCCAUCGGCCAGGACAUGCAUAUAUACAUACAUAAAUAUAUAUGAACGGAAUGACCUUUUUGCGAAAACGUCCUUAGCUUAGUUGAACGGCGACAUUAGUCAGAGAGUACAGCAGCUAUAGUAACGGAACCCCCAUAUAUGCUUACCCAUACUUAUUGUAAAAACCAAAAAAGAAAUAUAAAAAAAAACCAUGGCAACUCAAACCGACCCAAAGAAGAUUCGAAUUCAGAUAGGAGGCAGGCAGCUCUUUUGAUAUAGUAUAUAUAACCCACACACUAUAUAACACCAUCCCGAAUAUAUUUAUAUAAACAAACAGAAAACAGAGGGCGGGAGAAUGUGCAAAGCCUAGGACAGAUAGGAAAUGGAUAGAGAAAUGGAAAUGAAAAUGAAAAUGAAAAUGAAAAUGGAUAUUGUAACUGCAGCGUUUCGUUUUCUACUCGCACCCAUAGCCGAGAAUUUUGAUAGUUAUUUAACGGAUAUAGCCAGAUCGUAAUGUAUGCCAUGUGUAAAUUAAGGAGCGCUUUACACCCCCACAUAUACGAACAUAUACCCCCUCCCCCCAUAGAGGAUUUAGUUUAGCAAACACUUACACUCACACUCACUUAGACGCUUCAAUUUCAACCAUCUUCGUCCAAAAAUUGUGCUACUACUCGUUAAACAAGUUGAUAGAUAUAAAAAGGAUAAAAAGGAUAACAGCAUGAGUAUAGAGAGAGAGAGGGAUAGCCCGGAAGGAAAGAGAUUGACAGAUAGAGUCCCGUUAUAAGCCAUAAGAAAUAGAAAGAGACGGACUAGCUUGCAAUAACGAAUAUCUGGGCCCGCAUUUUAGAGCUACUCGAACGGAAAGAGAUGGCAACAGGAACAGAGAUAGGGACAGCUAUAGAGACAGGCAGACAGCCAGACAGAAGGGAGAAUUGCAUUUCUUUGUGUGUAUAUGUAUGUGUAAAAUACUCGCUAUUUGGCCCCAAUCGCAAUCCACGAGCAACCGGCAACAGCAGUCACUAAAAAACUAUUAUUAACUACGAGUAUGAUUUAAUUAUAUAACUGUACCGGGGCAUUUGCUUGAUGUUUGUGAAUUGAAUGACUAUUUGGCCUCAUUUCCGCUGCUUGGCAAGGGCCGCGCCCACGCCCACCAAAAACCACAAAAAAAAAACCAAAUUAUUAUACAAAAAAGUAUAAAACACAUAAACAUUAAAACUGCUUCAGCAAACCAAAGAGAUGAAGGGAAACCAACACAAAUGCAUACAACAACUAAUAUUUAAUGAAUUGUUUUUUUUUUUUUGGUGUACAUUAUUUAUAUGGAAUGUGAAACUGCAUUACAAAUUUAAUGAAUAUAUUAAAUAUUUAUUAAAACGGGCUAAUUGCAUAGAAAUUAUAUAAGAUCGAUCAUAGCGAUGAAUAUUUGUAAAAGCGAACUAAACCCAAAAAACAACCGAAAACAAAAUGGAUAAAUAAAAGAAUAUAUAAUCAC